AUGCGUGAUGAGGAAAAAUUAGAUAAACUUCUCAAGGAACUUUAUGAUUCCAUAGGUAAGGGGUCUGGCGUUUUGGCUGAUCAGGUUGGCAAGGUGAGUGCGUGGCUUGGGAGGUAUGAGAGUGAGGUGAACAAGAAAUGUGAAGAUGUUAAGACGCCUGUAAGAGAAAUGAAAACGCUUAUUAAUCACGACAAAACAUUAAUCGAAGAAGAGCAACAUAACGCCCUUAAGAAACAAGUUGGGGACUGGACUCAUCGCGCCAAGUUGUACAUAGAGAAGGCCGAAAAGGCCAAGAACGCUUUGGAUCAUCUUGAUCCUACGCUUUCAGGUAUACUGGUCAAGAAUGAACUUCAGAUAGCGUUUGGUGAGGUGCGUGCAGGGAUUAAUGCGCUUGAAAAGAGGUAUGGAGGUGAGAUUGCUGGUCCGGUUGGAAGUCUUAAGAGUUAUUCUGAGAGUUUUGAAAAACGAUUUCGUACAACUCAUACUGCGCUGCAGAACGCGAUAAAGGCCGUGGAAACGGAUAUCGGAAAUCUUAACGAACUUGAAAAGGUUGAGCAGAUCAUGGAGGGAGCAAAUUCAUACGUCCAAGUUCCUUUACUGCAAGCCAUGCAAAAAGGCACCGCGUUUUCCGAACUCAAAACAUAUUUCCGCAAUCUUGACAGCCAAGUUAUGAAACAUGUUAUGGAGGCAAUGGAGGCGAUCGCCAAAGGUUCAACAUAUUUGUAUCCCACAGAUCUGAAUGAAGUUAAAGCACCACUUACCAAGGUGAGAGGAAUCUUGGACGGAACAAGUGCCGUUCCAAAUUUCCAAGAGAUCAUAGCCCAGCUCAAGGAAUACGGCGUUAAGACGGAUGACGUUGAUGAUUUGAAGACGAAACUACCUAAACUUUCAGGAACUGUGCAGAUUGCAAUAGAGAAAGUUGAGCGCUCUGAAACACCACAAAAACAAGAAACAAGUUCCCUUUUUACCGCCCUCGCGCAAAUUGUCGACGCCGUCUCCCAGCACUCCAAUGACAUAGUUACGGCACUUGUUAAGGCAAUUAACGAUAAAGUAAAAGAGGAGGUUACGGCUGUAGUAAAAGUUAUUAAGGCUAAUGUUACUAAAAUAAAAAAUGGCAUUGAAAAUACCGUGGAUGACAGGCAUGACUAUGGUGGCGGUAGCCCCGGCGUUGGCCAGCCAGCCCCCGGUCUACAGAAGUUAGUGAGCGAGUUCAAAUCUCAGAUUAAUCAGGAGCUGACGACGCUUCAAGGGAAUGUCGGUAAGGAAGCUGACAGAAAAGAAGGCGACAGUAUUUAUUCGAAUUUGCUGAAGGUUAAAGCGGAUGUGACUGAUCUUGGCACCAAGGUUGCGAAUGUUGUCGAUCACGUGGACAAAGUUAGCACAGAUCUUGCAGCUUGUAUUCUAGACGCCGAAAUGCUGAUUGCAAAUGCCUCUCAAAUGACUGAAAAGGCCAUAGUUCAAUUGCGAGAUGCCGCCAAUAUUAAAAUCCAACAGGCCUUCACCUCCCUCCAAUCCAAAGCCAAAUCCCUCUACACCGAGCGCAAGACAAAGGAAGUCGAAGCCCUGCAGAAGAUCGUGGAGAAAGAGUUCACUGCGAUCGAUAGUAUUAUCAAACACGAUAAACAAAGAGGCCUUAAGGGUUUAUUGACCAAAUUGCAAAUGUCGUUGGAUGCUCAUUUACAGGAAUUUGGGACAAAAUCCCAAAAGCCUCACACAGUCUCACAGUUCGCUGAAAUCGUUAGGGAAUUCUCACAUGUGCUCUUCUACGGAUUAUAUGAUCAACAUGAUUUCACGCCGUUGGAAUCCAAUUUUCAUCCUUAUGUGGAGCAUCUUCAGAAUUUGCUCAUACAACUUGAAACAUCUAAACACUUCCACCAUGAGGUGACCAAAAAACGCGAAGCCCUCCAAGAUGCAUUAAGUUCAUUUCAUCCAGAAAAUAUGGGUGAUGCAUCGAAGAGGCUUUUAUCACCCCUCAAGUCCGGCAUGAUCAAAUUCACCACUGAACUCUCCCACGCGUACGUAAAUAAAUACAGUGGUUCUAAGCCUGUAGAACAGUGGGAGGAAGAUGAAACUAUAAAAGUUGGUGACAAAACAGAAACCAAGAAAGUCCUCUCCACCGAGGGCCGCAACUGCGCCAAGGUCUGCCUGACGCUUAUGGAGGGGCUGAGAAAAGAUCUGUUUGAUUUGCAAAAUGAAUGUAAAUCGGGCGGUAAGAAUAAAUGGAAUGAAAAGAAAAUAUGUUUGACUGAAAUGGUGAAGACAGAGAAAGUUGAAAAUAAGCUCGGGCAAUGGUUCCAGAACCGUGGCUUCACUGUGCCGAAUGAUGACAAGACACAAAACGGGGAGUUGAACAACGAGCGAAAGGGUGAAAAUAUUUUUGGCAAAAUUACGGAGAAUAUUGCCGCCGCGCACAGCAUUCCAGUCCUCAAAACGUGGAAGGAUAUGUGCGUGGAAGAACAGAAAAAGAAAUUUUCUAUAAGUAACCAGAAAGGUACUGCUACCAUAAGUAUAAACACUGACAACAUUCAUCUCUUCGACCUUGCCGAUUUCCUUCGCGAUUUUUUCCGAAAGUACUACCAUGUAUGCCAACAUAUACAUAUCGAUUCUCCCAAGGCGCCGAGUAAUAUCUACCAAAUGCUCCAGUGGCUCUCCGGGUUAUACUUUAAUCCGAUGUACGACAAACUCGGUGAGUACUUCAAGGAGCUGUUUGACAAGCCUAAGGGAGAGGAAGCAAAGCCGUAUAAAGAUUUCAAAGAUACAGAUCUUAUCUUAGAUGCCACGUCAACAAUUAGGCCUAAGGAGCUAAAUCAUAGGCUCCAACAGACUUGUUUACACUCUCAACUUGUAUUAGUCGCCUUCCUAGGCAAUGGUUACGCCGACGGCCGCUACGCCUGCGAAUUCCGCACAAACUUUGACAAAUUAUUAUAUCCAUCGAAUCCAUCAGCGUGCUUCGAUAUGUUAGUUGAUGUGUUGAAUAGAGUGUUUCAUCAGUUGCGUUUCCUAUUCAUCCAGUGUUCCAACAGCCGUAGUAGGGUGGUUGGGCGAACUGCCAAUAUGGCAGGUAUGUCGGCGGGUCGUCGUGGACCUGCAAUAAGUUCCAAUGUCCCGACCAAGACUGUGAACAAAAGCACAACCAAACAUGUAACCGAAGUGGUGACCAAAUGA